CGGCCGCGACGCCGGACGCACGUCGUUAGCCCUAACGCUGAUUCCCUGAACCGCGUGUUGAUAUACCGUACAAUAAAUAAAACAAAAACCGUGUGUGAAAAUUCCCUUUUUGACAGUGUUUUGUUAAUUAACCGUGACGUCAACGCUUCUACCUUUUCUCACUGUUAAUAUCGGACACUGAUGUAAAAGCUUGUUGUACAGAAAAUUUCAGCCAGAGUACCACAUCCAGUUUGAAGACACCAAGAAAUGCCGAUCACCACCCCAGCCAAACCUCUCUCCCUACCUUCAGAAACCCACUAAACCUGCCAUGACAUCCGAAGAACCAAUCGAUGUAGAACCAAAGAAGUCAGGUGAUAGCAAUUUUGCCGAAGCACCUGAGAGCAACAAAGCAGACAAAAAACAGGACAGAGUAAGACAAACGAAUGAAUUAAUGAAACUAGUCUACGAAAUACCUGACGACCUAGACAGUAUAGAAAAUAACAACAUGUUAAAGGAAAACCCACCGAUUACUAUUCUAGAGAUAACAGAACAGAAUGGUUGUGAAACAGAGCUAGAUAGUACCAGGGAAUGUGAUAGUGAUGUUACCUUUACAGUUAUAGAUGGAUCUAGUCCAGAAUUAGGCAAUAAGGUCGUAUACGACGAUGUAAAUACUGAAGUGGUCGACGAAUAUAGAGAAGUGAUAGACCGGUCUACUCCAGACGAUUGUACUGAUGAUGAGUUGGAAGAGUUGAAGAAACUUCUUGAAAGUAAGCCGAAGGUUCUGGAAAGGUAUAUAAGGGAAUGUGCGACGACUGAUGAAGUACAUAGAUUGCAUAGUUUGACAUCAUCAGGGCCACUGUCUCCAAGGCCACACCACGAGGCGCGAAGUACUUCAGUGACGUCAGACCUGUUCCAGCUAUGGCUCUCGUCGUCGCCGAUUAAGAGAUCUCGAUCUCCCAGCGGUUCUGCGCAACGGCAGCUCGACGAAGCAGAUCUCUUCAUGGAUCUUAUUAAGGACGUCGCUAAUGAACUGGAUAUCGACGUGCUUUGUCAUAAGAUCCUGGUGAACGUGUGUCUGCUGACGGCAGCUGACCGAGGAAGCUUGUUUCUGGCCAAAGGCGUUCCUCCAAAUAGAUACCUCCAAGCCAAACUUUUCGAUGUGACCAGAGAUACGGAACUAAACGACGCCCUGCAAGUAGCGCGCACGCAGGAAAUUAGGAUACCUUUCGGUGUCGGCGUGGCAGGCCUGGCAGCGCAAACCAAGACCCAUAUUAACAUCAGGAACGCUUAUGCUGAUCCCAGGUUCAACAGCGAGAUCGACGCACGAACAGGUUACAAGACAGAGCUUAUCCUGUGUAUGCCGAUUUGCAAUUAUGAAGGUGACGUCGUCGGUGUCGCGCAGAUUAUCAACAAGACUGACGGAUCGAGAGAAUUCUCCACAAGAGAUGUGGAAGUAUUUAAACGGUACCUCACGUUCUGCGGCAUCGGCAUCCAAAAUGCUCAGCUCUUCGAAUCGUCCGUACUCGAGUACAAAAGGAACCAGAUACUGUUGGCUCUCGCAAGGAGUAUAUUCGAGGAGCAAAACAACUUGGAAUGUUUGGUGACGAAGAUCAUGACCGAAGCAAGAGAGCUGCUGAAAUGUGAACGAUGUGCUGUCUUCAUUCUUGAUACUGAUCAUUGCGAAUCUAGUCACCUAGAGCGCAUCGGACAACGUCCUGGCUCGGGAGGGCCUUCUAUCCCAGCUCUACCACCGCCUGCGCCCACGCGCUUCCACACGCUCUUCGAGCUCGGCGCCAAGCAGUCGCGCAAGACGCUCACUCCUACGCAUGAUACUAAGUCUACGAUGGCUUGUAUUGCUCUUGCGGUCGCACAAUCAAACAAAGCGCUAAAUAUCUGUGACGUAGACGAGUGGCGACGGGAGAACAACAUGGUUGUAGCCGAUGCAACAGUCGACGACGCGGUUAAUAUUAGAACCAUGCUGUGCAUGCCUAUCGUCAAUGCCAAUAAGGACGUUAUUGGUGUUGCACAGUUGAUAAAUAAGGACAACGGUUGUCAAUUCACCGAUGGAGACAUCUCGAUAUUUGAAGCUUUCGCGAUCUUCUGCGGUCUCGGAAUCCACAACACUCAGAUGUACGAAAACGCUUGCAAACUUAUGGCUAAACAAAAGGUGGCAUUGGAAUGUCUGUCAUACCACGCGACAGCGUCAACUGACGACACCUACAAAUUGGUAAACGACGUCAUCCCAUCGGCCGAGACCUACAAUCUAUACAGCUUUCAGUUUCAUGAUUUCGAUCUAUCCGACGAAGAUACGUGCAGAGCAACGCUGCGAAUGUUCCUCCAGUGCAACCUCGUCGAGCAAUUCCACAUUCCAUACGAUGUACUUUGCCGGUGGACACUAAGCGUCAAAAAGAACUACCGUCCCGUUAAAUACCACAACUGGCGACACGCCCUCAACGUCGCUCAAACCAUGUUCGCAAUGCUCAAGACAGGCAAAAUGGAACGCUUCAUGGUAGAUCUUGAAAUUUUAGGUCUCCUUGUAGCAUGCCUAUGCCAUGAUCUGGAUCAUAGAGGCACUAACAACGCGUUUCAGACUAAAACUGAAAGUCCAUUAGCAAUUUUGUACUCUACAUCUACUAUGGAGCAUCACCAUUUCGAUCAGUGUGUUAUGAUUUUGAAUAGUGAGGGGAAUAAUAUUUUCCAGGCACUCUCACCCAGUGACUACAAAGACGUGAUGAGAGUGGUGGAAACAGCGAUCCUAUCGACCGACCUCGCGAUGUAUUUCAAGAAAAAGUCGAAAUUCUUGGAACUUGUGGACAACGGCGAAUUCGAUUGGCAAAGUGAAGAAAAGAAAGAAUUGCUAUGCGGCAUGAUGAUGACAGCAUGUGAUGUAUCAGCGAUAGCGAAGCCCUGGGAGGUACAACAUAAAGUAGCUAAGCUUGUAGCGGAUGAAUUCUUCGACCAAGGAGACUUGGAGAAAUUGCAGCUUAAUCAACAACCCAUUGCUAUGAUGGAUAGAGAGAAAAAAGACGAGCUUCCUCACAUGCAAGUAGGCUUCAUUGACACUAUCUGCCUACCGUUAUACAAAGUACUAUCGGAUACAUUCCCAUGGAUUCAACCUCUGUAUACCGGCACUUGGGAAAACAGGCAGCGAUGGAAGGACCUCGCUGAGAAAGUGGAAAUGGGGCUCACGUGGAUUGAUCAUGAUACUAUUGAUAAACCGAUAGAGGAGUUUACUGCAUCGAACGAGCCCAUCAAAGACGUAGAACUAACAGUGCAAACGCUCAAUUGCGCGAAGGCAAGUGAUAAUAACAGCAUGGCACUAGUGAACCCGAUCAAGACCCGCUUCCACUCACUACGACGCGGCCGCGGCAACAACAAGACAACAUCUCGCCCUGAUAGAAGCAAACUUACCAGAUCUCUCUACCAACCAAACACGCAGCGCGAAGACAGAGAGAGGAGAGAAGUGGUGCCGAAGCCUCCACCUCCGAGCGUGGACAACGGGAGUCAGCGGACGGCCGCUCCGACUCCGGAGCCCAGCCAGGCCAGCAAGGUUAAACACACAUUGUUUACACAAAUUGUAAUUUUACAGCUAGCUAAAACUUUAUCGAUAUCGUAUUUACUUUUAAAAUAGAAUAUUCGUCUUUUGGCCUGUAUGAUAAGGUUUACGAAUGUCCGUAUCUUAUAAAUUUAAGACAUUUCAUAAGUUAAAAAUUCUAACGAUUGUUUGAACGAAAUUUUAUUUAUUUGAUAAACUCUACGUAUUUAUUUGUCAAGCUAAAGUAUUAUGAUGCUAGUCGAAUAGUUUUUUCUUUUACAAUAUUAUAUUAAAUUUUGAUUUAGAUUUAAUGACUUGCAUUAUAGUUUUAAUUCAUACGUAUACAAAAUUAUGCUAAUUAACAAAGUUAUUGUUUAUUUUGUACUUUUAAGGAAGUUGAUGUUAUGACCAUUACGCAAAUAUAAUAAAAUUUCUACUUCACGGUGAUGAUUGCGUCCAUUCUGCUUAUGAAGCUAUUAUGUAUUAUUGUGCAAUAUUUUUGCAAAAAAACUUUGUCGUAGUAAUAAAUUACUUUAAUGAAAUUACUUUUUCAAUGGCUGAUUGUAAUCACAAUGAAAUAUUUCAAUUAUUUUUCAUAUAACUCGCUAUUAUAAUAGUAUAAUAGUACAACUAUGGUGAUUCCAUACAAAUGUAGUAGCGCGUCUUGUAUUUGUGCGCGCUUUCCACGCGCUAUGUACGGACAUACAUUCACAUAAUAAUGAGAGACGCUAUGCAACGCGAAUGCAUCGCGGGAUUAUGCAAAAGUGUGCGUCCGUACACGGCACGCGGUGCGCGCGCACACAUACAACACACGCUGCAACACUUGUAUGAAAUUAACAUACUUGUUUUGUUAUAAUAUACUAUUAUGCUGUUUGGUUCUUGGUAAAACCUGACUGGGUACUACUUAAUGGAUUUAGGACUUAAAUGAAACGAAUUAGAAAGAGUAACGGAAAUAUUAAUAACGCACAGCAACGAUACAGACAUUGGUUCAGUCGAGAGAGCGAGAAAGACAGCGUUUAAGUAGCUACCUAUACCUACUGCUAGAAGGUAUUGCUUUUUUUAUACUUUAUAAAGUAUAUAAUGUGCCAGACCACCACAUUGCCUGGUCUCAAAGGAAUCCCCUGUACUAAUGAUUACCAGCGCAACGACCUCACCCACUCGUAGUAUAAAUCGUUGGGCCUCCGAGGUCGUCAAUUUAAAUGCUACGAAUGCUAUAUUUUCCAACAGCGCCUACCGCUCUACGGACUUACACUUUUUUCAUCACGUAGACCGUAUGUCUGUUUACUUACGUACUUAUCAUAAAAAAAUUCAAUUGUUUUGCAAUUUAUUCAUAAAGAAGCAGCCUUUUAAAACUGUGGAUACUAUUUUAAGUUAAGGUGCACUAUUUUUAUAGUAGAAUCGUCAAGGUGUAAAAUCCUCAAUCUUUUUGUGUUGUACGAAAUGAGAUUAUAUAAUUUACAAUAUAUUAACUGUGACACAACUAUACUAUCUAUAAAAAAUAUUAAAAUACAAUGAAAAUGAAUAUAGCGAGUUUGUGGAUAUGUCUCUCUGAAAUUUGUAGUUUUAACUUAUAAUAAACUGAAUAAAAGCCUUGAUGUCUGUGAAAUCGGUGUCAAAUAAAUGUGCAAUUUUAUUGUUGUUCAUAGUUCUGUGCCACUUUAACACUCGACUUUAAUUAAAUAUUGCCAUAGAAGUGGGAUAAAAAUAAUAUAACGCCAAACUGCUUUGACCGCUUUUUACAUUUCACCCAUGAUAUUUAUAAUAAUAAUGUUCUAAGUGUAAAAUACUCGACAAAACAAUGACCAGUAUACAUCAAAUAGGACUAACUGAACCUGUCGUCCAAUUUGGACUUCGGCAGAUACAUAAAAUCCAUACCCAAAAAUGCAGCAAGGAAGCUUGGCAUUCAUUCCAGAGUGAGGCGUUACUUCUCCUAGAUGCUUUAGCUGUACCAAACAAAAGUCCAGUCGUGUAUGGGGUAUUGCUGCCAUCUAUGGGAUGGUGCUAAACACCAACUGGCCAUCUUGGAUUCUGUUCUGUAAAUACCAAGAGCCUUACUCGGAAUUAGUAGAAGUGAAGCUACAGACAUUUGAACACCGCCGUAAAGUUGCCUGCUAAUUAGUAUUCUACAGGAUAUACCACGGAGAGUGUGCGAGAGAAUUGCACGAUUUAAUUCCCCCUUC